AACUUUGAUUGAGCUCCUGCACUGUUGUCCUCGCGAGCUUGACUCUUGAGACUCGGCAGAAGGGAGAGGGAGAGAGAGAGAGAGAGGGAGGGAGUGAAGGGAGGGAAGGCAAGGGAGGGGAGAGGGUUAGUUGGUCCAGGUCCACGACAGGCUCAACUGCGAGGAACCACCACUCAGAGGCCCAUCGAUCCGCGCGAAUCGAGUCGAGCUGAGCGUCUGCCUUCCUCCGAGAGCAUAAGCAGACCACACGCCCUGGGUUCAGCUCAAGAGGGACGAGCUUCGAGCAGAGGCGGGCCGAGGACGAGCACAGGACGAGCAGGUGUGGACUUGACGACUGACCACUGACGAAGCUCGCUUGCGAAGGCUGUGAUUCGGAGUCUCGUCGAGGAGGAGGAGGAGGAGGAAGCAGAGGAUUCGAGGGCAGCAGCUGACAGCGAAGGCCUGCAGGUCGAAACCUCCGCUCAGAGGUCGUCGAGGUUUCGACUAUGGCAACGAUAGACAUCGAGUCCCUGCUCAAGGAGACUCCAGCGGGGGUGCAGAAGACGAAGAUUAUCUGCACGCUGGGGCCCAAGUCUCGAGAUGUGGAAACUCUGGAGCAUAUGCUGCAGGCCGGGAUGAAUGUGGCGCGGUUCAAUUUCUCGCACGGAUCGUAUGAUUACCAUCAGGGCACCUUGGACGCUCUGAAGCAGGCGAUGACCAACACGCAGAUCAUGUGCGCCGUGCUGCUCGACACCAAGGGCCCCGAGAUCCGAACCGGAGUGCUGAAGAACGGCAAGCCUAUUCCCAUCAGCAAGGACCGCGAGAUCACGCUCACCACGGACUACGACUUCGAAGGCGACGAGAACACCAUCGCUCUGAGCUACAAAAAGCUGGCCGAGCAUGUGCACCCGGGCAGCACGAUUUUGAUCGCCGACGGAAGCAUCACCUUGACCGUCCUGGAAUGCGACAUCGCCGGGGGCACGGUGCGGUGCCGAUGCGAGAACUCGGCCACGCUGGGCGAGAAGAAGAAUUGCAACUUGCCCGGAGUGGUGGUGGAUCUGCCCACCGUGACCAAGAAGGACGAGGACGACAUCCUGAUCUGGGGAGUGAAGAAUAAGGUCGACUUCAUCGCCGCGUCGUUCGUGCGCAAGGGCAGCGACGUGAAGAAAAUCAAGGAGCUGCUGGGCUCGAACGCCCGCAGCAUUCAGAUCAUCUCCAAGGUGGAGAAUCAGGAGGGGCUGGUCAACUUCGAUGACAUUCUGCGCGAGAGCGACGGCAUCAUGGUGGCCCGUGGAGAUCUGGGAAUGGAGAUCCCCACCGAGAAGAUCUUCCUGGCGCAGAAGAUGAUGAUCUUCAAGUGCAACUCCGCGGGCAAGCCCGUGGUCACGGCGACGCAGAUGCUCGAGUCCAUGUGCAAAUCGCCCCGCCCCACCAGGGCCGAGGCCACGGACGUCGCCAACGCGGUGCUCGAUGGCACCGACGCUGUCAUGCUGAGCGGGGAGACGGCCGCAGGGGCGUACCCCGUGAACGCCGUGAAGAUCAUGGCGGCCAUCUGCCGGGAGGCCGAGGCGUCGCUCGACUACGACGCCAUCUUCAAGAGCAUCAUGAAAUCGGCUCCCCUGCCCAUGACGCCGCUCGAGAGUCUGGCCUCGUCCGCCGUGAGGACGGCCAACAAGGUGCGCGCCUCGCUGAUCAUCGUGCUCACGAGAGGGGGCAGCACCGCCAAGCUCGUGGCCAAGUAUCGCCCGUCGGUGCCCAUCCUCUCGGUGGCGGUGCCCGUGAUGACGACCGACAGCUUGACAUGGGAGCUCAGCGAGGAAUCGCCCGCCCGCCAUAGUCUCGUCUGCCGAGGAUUGAUCCCUCUUCUGGCCGAGGGCGCAGCCAAGGCCACCGACUCCGACACCACCGAUGAAAUUCUCGCCGCCGCCAUCGCCUAUGCCCUCAAGUCGCACCUGUGCCAACACGGCGACGCCAUCGUGGCCCUGCAUCGCAUCGGUGCCGCCUCGGUCAUCAAGAUCAUGGACAUCAAGUGAUAGCUUCAUCCUCCGAUUCUCGCCUCAAAAUUAUUUCUUGCCACCCGAGAAAUCGACCAAUAAGAGCAAGCAGGCUGUCACCAACCUCCUCUUUUUCUGGUCAGAAAUUUUCUUUCUCAGAGUGUAGAAGGCUGUUGUUUCUCGUUGUUAUAUGCUGUAACAUAAAGAAUGACAUCCACGGGUAGGGAUUCUCGACUCCUCAGUAAAAGUGUCAAUAUUUUAGUACAGUUUGAUCUGCUCUCGCUCUGUUUUGAUAUUCUCGCGCCCAUUUCUGGGCGCGCCUUUUUAACCAUACCCUGCAUGAAACGCAAUGUGCAUCGACUCUGGCGACGGACGAGCGCAUCGGUGUCGGUCUCCCGAAAUUGGGUUCCUCUCG